AUGCGUACUCCUGUUACCACAUACGCUUCUCAGGCCAGUCUUCAACUGCCUUACACUAUGCAAGGUUCUGGUGAAGCCAAGGGCGGACGAAUGGAUACUGCCUUUCCUCGCGUCUGGGAUUCGCAGCGACCGUACCGCUUGCACAAACUAUCAACUCGUCUUCGAUCGAUCGACCCUCCGCCAACGAACAUCACCACUGUCAAAGCUCAUUAUAUAGACACCCGUUUCACUACCACAACGAAUUUUCCGGACAUCCCGGUCGACGAGAACGGCUGUCUAAUUCCCGCUACGCGAGCGUUUCUAUCUCGGCCAGAAGCCCGCCCGGGGGAGGAAUGA